AUGGACGGGUCGAACGGGUCGACAAACGGGCACAGCCCGAGCAUCCCCGAGCCCAUCGCAAUAGUAGGAAUGGGCAUGCGACUCCCAGGGAAAAUUCACAGCGCAGAAUCCCUCUGGGAUCUAUUGAUCAACAAAAAAGAAACCAGCGGUUCGAUUCCCAGCAGUAGAUUCAACCCCGAGGGCUUCUACUCGGAAUCAAAAAUCCCCGGCUGCAUCGGGACACAGCGCGGGCAUUUCCUCGACGAGUCGGAUGGAUUAGAUCGUCUCGACACGUCCUUCUUCAGCAUGGGCAAAGCAGAAGUGGAAAAGCUCGAUCCACAGCAGCGCAUGCUCCUCGAGGUCGUGUGGGAGUGCAUGGAGAAUGCCGGGCAGGUCGACUGGAGGGGAUCCAACACGGGCGUGUUUGUCGGCACCUGGGGCGACGACUGGCAGGACUUUCUAGCGAAGGAUCCGCAGCAGACUGGCGGGAUGCUGAAUGUCUCUGGGGCGGGGGAUUUUGCGAUUUCGAAUCGGGUUUCGUACGAGUAUAACCUGACGGGGCCGAGCAUGACUAUCAAGGCAGCAUGUGCCUCAUCGAUGAUCUGCCUCCACCAGGCAUGCCAGGCCCUCCGAGAAGGAAGCUGCGACGCAGCCAUUGUCGCAGGGACAAACCUGAUCAUCACGCCAACACAGACCAUCGCACAGACCGAGGCUGGGGUGCUCUCACCGACGGGUCAGUGUCGGUCAUUCGACGCUUCAGCGAACGGAUACGCGAGAGGCGAAGCCAUCAAUGCUAUCCUCGUCAAACGGCUAAGCGACGCGGUGCGAGACAGAGAUCCCAUACGAGCGGUUGUUCGAGGGACGGCGAUCAACUGCGACGGCCAGAGCGCCGGAAUCAGUUUGCCGAAUCCUGUAGCGCAUGAGAAGAUGAUCCGCCGCGCGUAUGAAGUUGCUGGACUUGCAGGCAGCGCACUGGAUACACCAUUUGUCGAGGCUCAUGGGACAGGGACGCCCAGUGGCGAUCCACUGGAACUAAAGGCAAUCAGUCGAGUGUUUGGAAACGGAAUGGACACGUUUAUUGGGAGCAUCAAGGCUAAUAUUGGCCAUGGCGAGGGUGCAUCGGGGCUGAGCAGCAUCAUCAAGGCUGUUCUGAUGCUGGAGCAUCGCACAAUUCCGCCACAAGUCAACUUUGUCACACCAAAUCCUAAUAUCCCGUUCCAGGAAGCACGGCUGGUCGUACCACUGGAGCCAGUAUCGUGGCCAAGGGGUCGACCCGAGCGAAUCAGCAUUAAUUCUUUUGGUAUCACUGGGGCGAACGCCCACGCCAUUAUCGAGUCUGCAGCGUCCAAUGGAGUGAUUCGUUCCCAGUCAAAUGGACAUUCCCCAUCUCCGCGACCACAUUUGUUCGUUUUCUCGGCCAACACCCCAGACUCACUGAAGAAGAACGCAGCUCAGAUCCAAACGUAUCUCAGCGACCAUCCAGAGCGGGCAAAGAACCUGUCUUAUACACUUGCCUGCGGACGCGCGCACCUCGGCCACCGCGCCUUCUGCCUCGACCAUGUCGAAGAUGUCACUUUUGCCUCGGAGAGAGCGCAGAAACCUCCAACGAUCAACUUCGUCUUCACAGGUCAAGGAGCACAAUGGCCAGCAAUGGGAAAGGAGCUCAUCGAACAUUUCCAUCAGUUCAGGGCCGACCUCUCACACAUGAACAGCGUGCUAGCUAAACUUCCGCAUCCACCAAAGUGGAAUCUCAUCGAAGAAUUACUACGACCAGAGGCCAAAAGCCACAUCAACAAAGCCGAGUUUGCUCAGCCACUUUGCACCGCCCUCCAAGUUGCACUGGUAAACCUCCUAACCUCACUCGGGUUGUCGCCCUCCGCGGUUGUCGGCCACUCCAGUGGAGAGAUCGCAGCUGCAUAUGCAGCCGGAGCAAUUACCGCAGAUGAAGCAAUUAUAAUUGCUUACUAUCGAGGCCAUGCGGUAGCUGGCGCUCCGAGAACUCGAGCUGGAGCGAUGGCGGCGGUUGGCAUGGGCCGUGCCGAGGCGACGCUAUAUCUGGAGGACGGCGUAGUAGUCGCCUGCGAUAACGGACCUACUAGCGUGACGUUAUCUGGGGAUCUUGAAGCACUCGAGGCGGUGAUUGGGCAGAUGAAGGCGGAUGAUCAGGAUGUUUUUGUGCGGUUGCUCAAGACAGAUGGGAUGGCGUACCAUUCCCAUCAUAUGCUGGAGGUGGGUGCUGUCUAUGAAGAGUAUCUCCGGGCGUUCGUGCACGCAAAGCCCGCGUCUGUCCCUUUCCUAUCGACGGUUACGGGCAAGUCAGUGGGUACAACCUUGCUCGAUGCAGCUUACUGGAGGCGGAACUUGGAGUCUCCUGUAAAGUUUUUUCCCGCCGUCAAAGCAAUGAUUGCCAGUCAGCAGUCUCAGGACCAGUUAUAUCUGGAGAUUGGACCACAUUCUGCGCUAUCAGGGCCCCUGCGACAGAUCUUCAAGACCACGCCGGCCAAAGGGCGUCUAACGUAUCUUUCUACCACAACACGAGGCAAAGAUGGCCUGGAGUGUAUUUUGCAGAUGUGUGGGCAGCUAUACUUGCAGGCAGUGGAUCUUCGGCUUGAGAAAUUGAUGCCCGGAGCUACGACAUUGACAGAUCUCCCAGCUUACCCCUGGCAGCAUGACACGUCGCACUGGGCUGAGAGCCGGGCAGUAAAAGAGUGGAGAACCAGAAAGUACCGCCGCCACGAACUGCUCGGCUCGCGAAUUCUCGAGGGCAAUGACGUCGAGCCCACAUGGCGGAACCUGCUCCGAUUAAAAGAUGCACCCUGGCUCCAGGACCACAAGGUACUAAGUGAUGUUGUCUUUCCGUGCGCUGGCUACAUCGCCAUGGUAGGCGAGGCUGUUCGACAGAUCACGAGUGCCGAGGACUUUAGUAUCCGUCGAAUGGGCAUCAAGACAGCCAUGAUAUUGGCUGAAGAAAAGACUGUCGAGGUAGUUACAUCCUUUAAACCCAUGAAUCGUACCAUGACGAGCCAAGUAACGUGGUACGACUUUUCCAUCUACUCGCACAAUGGCAGCGCCUGGACUGUUCACUGCACUGGGCAAGUCAGCGGAGGCAGGGAUCACCAAGUGCCAGAGCCCCAAUUUGACCCCACCUUCCAAGAACUCGCAAGGCAAGUCCGGUCGCCAUAUCCCAUUUUCACAAGCGUUGGUCUCCACUAUGGCCCUACGUUCCAGGGCCUGCAGAGCGUGUCUGCCAGGCCCGGCGCAAAAGAAGCCGCUGCUUCCCUCCGACCUCCUCCAACGACGAGCUCGGCCUAUCCAAUUCAUCCGACAACGAUCGACCAGGGCCUUCAACUUCUUGGACUAGCCUCUGCAGAUGGUUUGGCUUAUCGCUUUUCUCACAUCCUGUUACCGACGGGGAUAGAGCACUUGUACAUUCACCCAUCUCGCCAACCCGCAGCAUUAAUCCACGCAAACGCCUGCGCCACCCCGGUAAAUGGCACAUCUGGGAAUAUCAACGGCGAAAUAACGAUCGCUGACUCCAACGGCGUCCUCCUCUCCGCGCAGGGCUGCAAGCUAUCGGCAUUCGAGCAACAGCCUCAGAGCCUAGACAGAGAUGACCAGAUCGCCGCAGCACGACUAAGCUGGAGACCGCAUCUCGAUUUCGUCCCGCUGGAAAGUCUCAUGACUGUACGUCCAAAGGAUUUAUCUGCGUUGCAGCUGAUGGAAGCAUAUGUGUUCCUCGUCACGAUAGAGAUUCGGGAGCGGAUCCGUGAGAAUGCGCCGUAUCAGGGCCACUUUGGAAAGUUCAGCCUCUGGAUGGACGCACAGGUAGAACAGGGCUCCGCAGGUGGGAACCGGCUGGUCCCUGACAGUGCCGAACUGGCAGGUCUCGGCACGAUAGAACGGCAGGCCCGCAUCAAUCAGCUGCAGAGCCAACUACAGAAUGGGGAGUUCGCGGCAGUAGCUGAACUAGUGACUCGUCUGUUGGAUAACUGCGUGGGCGUGUUUAACGGGGAGACAGAGAUCCUGGAUGUGUUUGUGCGCGAUAACGGUCUAACGAAACUAUACAAUCUCACGGGCGAAAGGACCGACCCUACAGAGUUCUUCGUCACAGCAGGCCAUACCAAUCCAACCAUGCGCGUCUUGGAGAUCGGUGCCGGUACUGGAGGAACUACGCUGGUCGCGUUGCAGGCUCUAACGUCGAUCAAUGGGGAGCCGAUGUAUGGGAGUUAUACUUUCACUGACGUCUCAUCCGGCUUUUUCGCUGCCGCGAAGGAGCGAUUCGCCGAGUAUCCCGGGCUGGAAUUCAAGGUAUUGGAUAUCGAAAGGGACCCAGUCUCGCAAGGCUUCGAUGCUGGAGACUACGACCUCAUCAUUGCGUCAAAUGUGAUACACGCCACAGAAACGCUAAAUCGGACAUUGAGCCAUGUUCGCAAGCUCCUACACCCAAAGGGGAGAUUCUUCCUACAGGAGCUUACGCCCUCCGCAGCCAAAAUGAUCAAUCUUAUCAUGGGCCCGUUGCCAGGAUGGUGGCUGGGAGAAGCCGAUGGAAGAGCAAGCGAGCCUCUUGUUUCACCUGAGCGGUGGCACCGGGAGCUGCAGGCGGCGGCCUUUGAGGGCGUGGAGUGUGUGGUUUAUGACGAUCCCAACCGUCGCGACCAUCUCGGGGUGAAUAUCAUCGCGAAACCAAGCCAGACGGAGCCAACACCGGGGCUUCGUAGAGUGACUCUUCUGAUAGAUUCAAGUCAGGCGCAACAUGAAUCUGAUUCCAUCAUGCUUGUGAAAGACACACUCGCCGCUCGGGGCUACCAUGUCGAUAUAUGCUCCCUAGGCUCUCAGCUCCCGGUUUACCAGGACGUCAUAUCCCUGUUGGAGGUUGAUACGCCAUUCCUGAGCGAUAUUAGAGCCGAGGACUUUGCCUCGCUGCAGCGGGUCAUUGGUGCCCUCGGCUCAUCGAAGCUCCUCUGGUUGAUGGGAUCUGCGCAGCUCGAGCCGAUCAAAGAUCCACGCUACGGCCUCGCGCUGGGCUUCACGCGGAGCAUCCGUGCCGAGCUGUCGCCUUCACUUGCGACAUUAGAGGUCGACAGAUUGAAUGCGGCCGCGGCUGCUGUUGUAAUUGACGUACUCGAGCAUUUCCGCGAACGAGCCGCCUCGGUUAACCCGGACUAUGAGUAUGUACUACGAGAUGGCCUCGUGCAUGUGGGCCGAUAUCACUGGACCAGAGUGUCGGAGGAGCUCGCUGAAGCCAACAAUGCUUCUGAUUACCCACUGCAGCUAGAGGAGCGCCGCAAUGGAGGCUCAAUGGUAUUGAACUGCGUCCCCGUUGUUCCAGAGCCAGUUGGUGCGGGGGAUGUUAUGAUUACGCCUGCGUAUGCAGGAAUUGCCCCUGGGAACUCUUUGUCCAGCUUUGAGGGCUCGGGCACUGUCACGGCUGUAGGAAUUGAGGUGCACGACUUGAAGCCCGGCGAUCGAGUCAUGUUUCUAGCGCACAACUGUCUCGCAACAAGUAUCACGCUUCCAGCAAGCCAGGCUGUGGAGAUCCCCGACACGUUAACCCUUGAAGAAGCAGCCAGCAUGCUGCUACCCUUCUCCACCGCUAUCUAUUCCCUCCGAAGGGUAUCCAAUAUGAGGAGAGGCCAGAAGCUUCUGAUCCACGAUGCAGCCAGUGCGGUUGGCCUUGCUGGGAUCCAAGUCUGUCAGAUGCUUGGGGUUGAAGUUUAUUGCACGGCCGCAUCUGAAGAUGCAGUGGCGCACCUGGUUACCCAGUGCAACGUUUCUCGCGACCACAUAUUCCAGUAUCAAGACGCUUCGUUCUUGCCGUCGCUAAUGGGCGCCACUGCAGAAAAGGGGGUGGCUACUGUCCUCGUUCCCGGCUCCGUGUCAGCUGAGCUGUUGCGCGCGCAUUGGAAAUGCAUAGCUCCGCGCGGAAAGAUGAUAGUUCUCGGAAAGGCGGACUCGAACGCUCUCGCAGGCUUAGAGCCGGACAUCUUCAGCGGGAAUAGAAGCUUGAUUGGCGUCGAUUUCUCUACGCUACAGGACUUGUAUUCCGAGCUUCUUGAUGAGACACUGCGUCUCUAUAACGAGGGUGCUAUCAGACCCAUCGCCCCAAUUUAUACUGUUGCCUUUGCCGAUACAGAUACGACAGCUGUGUCUGAAAUUUUGAGCCAACGAGGCACCGUCGGAACAUCCGCCCUCGACAUCUCAAGCGCUUCCAAGUCCCUUCCGGUUCUCCCAGCAAAUCCAGAACUCAACCUCCGCUCAGACACAGCAUACCUUCUUGUCGGAGGUCUCGGCGGGCUUGGUCAGUCCGUCUCAACUUACCUCGUUGAGCGCGGUGCACGUCACUUGAUCUACCUCUCACGAACAGCGGGCGAGCAGCACUCACACCAGGUCUUCUUCCGCGAGCUCGAGUGCCAAGGCUGCACCGUUCAAUCUGUGCAAGGAGAUGUAUCGAGCCCUGCAGAUGUCGAGAUCGCAAUUCGGAACGCCCACCUCCCCAUCGCCGGAAUCCUACACAUGGCAAUGGCCCUGGAUGACCACCCCUUCCUAGACAUGUCACACGAAGACUGGCAAAGACCCCUGGGACCAAAGGUUUCGGGGACAUGGAACCUCCACAACGCCCUCUCCCAAACAGACACCCCCCUCGACUUCUUCGUCAUAUUCGGCUCGGUCUCCGGCUCAUUCGGGAUUGCCCACCAGGCAAACUACGCCGCGGCAAACACAUUCCAGGACUCGUUCGUGUCGUACCGACAUGGCCAAGGCCUACCUGCCUCCGUACUGAAUAUCGGCGCCAUGGCCGGUGUAGGGUAUGUGAGUGAGAAUAAGGGCGUCGAGGAGUAUUUCCGGAGCGCGGGGAUGCCGUUUUUGUCUGAAGGGGAUUUCUUCCACGCGCUGCAUUUGUCCAUGUGUCAGCAGUUUCCAGACGAGCAAACUGCAAAGACAGUCGGCGCUGGCUGUACCAACACCAGCCAGCUCGCCCUCGGCAUCCGCGCGACAAAACCCAUGACCGACCCGAGCAACCGCGUCCUCUGGAAACACGACCGCCGCGUCGACAUCUACCGGAACAUCCAAGCCACCCUCCUCGCAAACACCACCAGCACCUCCAGUACCGAAAACACCGAAGACAGACUCGCAGCAUUCAUGACAACCGUCCGCUCCGACGCAUCGAUCCUCUCCCACCCGGAAACCCUCCUCCUCGUGACCCGCGAGAUCGGAAUCAAAAUCUACGAGUUCAUGCUCAAGCCCAUUGACGAGCUGGAUGUGUCCAAGGCGCUUGUGACGCUGGGCGUGGAUUCGCUGGUUAUUGUGGAGAUACGGAAUUGGAUCAGGCGGAGGUUGGAGGUUGAGACUUCUACUUUGGAGAUAUUGAAUGGGGGAACGAUUGAGAUGUUGGGAAGGGUUUGUGUUGAGAGGCUGAGGGGGAAGUAUGGGGAUGAGGACGGGAAGAGGGGGUAA